CUGGUUGGUGUUCGCCAUGAGGUUCCUUGCACCUCGAUCCCGUUGGAAGAAUGGUUUAUUGGGCCCAUCUCAAGGCAGAGCUAGAAAUGUCCAUCUAUCACUCUUACCCGCUCUCUCACACUCAACAUUGUCUCCGAGCGCCUUUUGACCUGUAAUUAGAGCGACUCAGUUGUCUAUCGAAGAUGAGCUUCUUCGCCUCCGUCUUCAACAACGCGCCCCCGUCGUCAGAAAUGACCACGACAAUUCCUCAGCCACCUACCAUUCCGUUCCUUGGAAAUGUAGGCACAAUCGAGAGAGAGGUUCCGCUCCGCUCGUUCGAACUACUAGCUAGGCAGUACGGCGAGAUCUAUCAUCUCUCUUUCUUCGGAAGACAGGUAAACGUGAUCACCAGCCAUCGACUGGUCAAUGAAGUCUGCGACGAGAAGAGGUUCAAAAAGUCCAUCUCCGCUGCCCUUAACCAAGUCAGGAACCUAGUCGGUGACGGUCUAUUCACGGCAUACAACGAUGAGCCAAACUGGGCCAUCGCACACCGACUUCUCAUGCCUGCCUUCAAUGUGGCUUCCAUUCGAGGCAUGAUGGAUGACAUGAAAGAUGUGGCGUCCCAGCUACUUCUCAAGUGGGAAAGAUUUGGACCAAACUUUAUCAUCGACCCGUCUGAGGAUUUUACGAGACUUGCUCUGGAAACAAUAUGUCUAACCUCCAUGUCAUAUCGUAUGAACUGCUUCUACAUGCAAGAAAUGCCUCCGUUCGCAGGCGCCAUGGUCGACUUCCUGAAAGAAUGUAACGCUCGCGCCAAUCGACCUUUCCUCAUCCAAAGUAUGAUGACUGGUGCGAAUGCAAAAUACGAGGGCGACAAAAAACUCAUGACUGAUUUGGCUGAUGACAUCGUACGAGAGCGGAAGGCAAACCCAGUGGAUAAGAAUGAUCUGCUUGGGAAGAUGUUAGAGGGUAAGGAUCCUAAGACUGGAGAUGGCCUUUCGGACAGAGCUAUCACUAAUAACCUGCUUACUUUCCUCAUUGCUGGCCACGAGACGACAUCUGGUACAUUGUCGUUCAUGUGUUAUUACCUCUUGAAGAACCCAGAGUCCAUGCGCAAGCUUCGCGAAGAGAUUGACGAAGUACUCGGUGACCAAGAAAUUCAACUCGCGGACCUUAACAAGCUUCCAUAUCUCAUUGCCGUGAUGCGCGAGACACUACGUCUGAGCCCUCCUGCCCCUAUGAGGGUGAUGGCUCCUAUUGAAGAUACCACACUAGCCAACGGAAAGUAUUUCAUUCCGGCAGGCCAAGCAAUCGUGAUACACAGUGGGCAAGCUCAUCGUGAUCCAGCGGUUUGGGGAGAUGACGCGGAAGAGUUCAGGCCUGAGAGGAUGUUGGACGGAAAGUUUGAGGCCUUGCCUCCAAACUCAUGGCAACCUUUUGGGUUUGGUAUGAGGGCUUGUAUCGGACGUGCAUUCGCCUGGCAAGAGAUCAUAAUCCUCAUGUCGUCCAUCAUUCAGAAAUUCGACCUGGUCAUGGCCGAUCCCUCUUACAACCUUGAACUCAAGCAGGCCCUCACCAUCAAACCCAACGGAUUCUCGAUCCGUGCCGUCCCCCGCGCCGGCCGUCGCAAUCUCAUCGCCGCUCGCUCUUCCGACCUCAAAUCCCCGCAAGCAAUAAAUUUGCCCAAGGCGGACGUUUUGGCUCUGGGGGACGAUGGAAACCCGAAACAAAGAUUGUACGUACUGUAUGGGUCGAACACGGGGACUUCGGAAUCAUUCGCGCAGAGGAUUGCGAGUGAGGCUCCGGCGUAUGGGUUCCGUGCUACCUUGGGUACCUUGGACUCUGCUACGGAGCGUGUCCCGACGGAUGGACCUGUUAUUAUUGUUACCGCCUCUUUCGAGGGUGAACCCGCAGACAAUGCUGCCCGCUUCGUGGAUUGGCUCUCUAAUCUGCAAGGCCAAGAAUUUGCGAACGUGAAAUAUGGAAUCUUCGGGUGCGGGAAUCAUGACUGGGUUAAUACCUUCCAACGCAUUCCUACUCUUAUCGACAACCUGUUCACCGAGCGAGGGGCACAACGGCUGGUUGAGCGUGGCCUUGGUGAUGCUGGGUCCGGAGACUUCUUCGAAAAGUUCGACGAAUGGGAGGCGACGAUGUGGCAGACCCUUGCCAAGGAGUACAGCACGACUGCGUCUAAGUCUGUGGUUGGGCUCGAAGUGAAGACCGUGGAUGUGGGUACUGCCCGUGCAUCGGCUCUGCGCCAGCCUGAUGCCGCGCUUGGAACCGUCGUCGGGAACAGGCUUCUGACCUCGAAGAAUGCGCCUGCUAAACGCCACAUCGAAUUCGCACUUCCGGAGGGCAUGACGUACAGAGCUGGCGACUAUCUCGCUAUUCUUCCGGUCAAUCCGAGGAGGGACGUACAUCGCGUACUCGCUCGGUUUGGACUAUCUGCAGAACAAGAGGUCGUCAUUACCUCGGCAGGUCCUACGCCUCUUCCGGUUGACAAACCCAUCAGCGUCACCACGGUGCUCAGCGGCUAUGUCGAGCUCUCCCAACCCGCUACUACUCGUGACCUCCGCCUCCUUGCCGAGGCGCCAGGCUCCGAGUCUUCCACCGCGGCCCUCAAAGACCUCACCUCAUCGUAUCAACGAAACGUGCUGGAAAAACGUCUGAGCGUUCUUGACAUUCUGGAGGCACAUCCGGACAUCAAGAUCGAAUUUGCCGCCUUCCUCAACCUUUUGCCAUCGAUGCGCAUCAGACAAUACUCCAUCUCGUCUUCCCCGCUCUGGAACUCUGAUAAUGUCACGUUGACCAUCAGCGUACUGGAGGCAGCAGCAGCCUCUGGACGGGAGGAACCUUUCUUGGGGGUCGCCUCGACAUAUCUCUCGGAGCUGAAAGCAGGUGAUCGAGUGCAGAUGAGUGUGCGUGCCUCGGCUGCGGCUUUCCAUCCUCCUACAGACCCAAGUGUGCCUAUGGUCAUGUUUUGCGCUGGGUCUGGAUUGGCACCAAUGCGCGGGUUCAUACAGGAGAGGGCGGCGCAGAAGGAAUCUGGGAGGGAGAUCGGGAAGAUCUUGUUGUUCUUCGGAUGCAGGAACCCAGAAGAGGAUUAUAUAUACUCGGCAUCGGACUUGAAGAAAUGGGUUGACGAGGGUGUCGUGGAUGUGCGGCCUGCAUUCUCGAGGAAGGUGGAGGAAUCGGAAGGGUGCAAAUAUAUACAGGACCGUAUCUGGCACGAUCGCGAUGAUGUUCGACAAGCCUUCAGGAACGGUGCCAGAUUCUACACAUGCGGAGCCAGCAAGAUUGCGGCUGGCGUAAAACAGCAGCUUCUCGAAAUCAUCAAAAUAGACCGCGACCCCAACAAUACAGAGGAUAUCGAGGACACCUUUGCGCGGAUUUCGCAGGGCAGAUAUGCCACCGAUGUUUUCGAGUAG